GACGCCUCUGUUGUGAGUUGCGGAGGCAGACUCCUGCAGCAUGGGGCAACGUAGAAAUCACUCCACUCACGUGUGGUGCGCAGGCCGGAACACGUCAGGAAGUGACACCAGCCAGCACAAGAAUUGCACUUAACUGAUGUGAAAUUCCGACGUAUGACGGCCUGACACACGGAACAGACUGUGCGAGGAACCAAGAGUUGCUGAUUGGUUCUCGCACGAGGAUUGGAGCGGGAUGAAGGUUGGGGGGGGACAAGUCAGAGUGGGAGCUAUGUUGCCUGGUUGAGCUCCUGACCGUAGAGGUCCUCGGUUGGCCACUCUGAUUGAGUGGCGGCGCGGCGCGCGAACUGUGUGCAGAUUGCACAGCCAUAGAGCCUUGUGUCGCAGUAUUGCGUAGGCAACAUGGGGCCACGUAACGCGUGGUCCACUCCCUGUGGGUCUUAAGGCCUGAACAGGUCUUAAGAUGGCUCCAUCCAUUGCAUGUGUUACACCUGACCGAGGUGCAGUUUGGAUGGAGACUUUUAGCGCAGACGCAGCAGAAAAAUUCCUCCGGGCCCGGGUUGGACUUAAUGCCAGCACGAGUCAGGAGGAUACGGAGCAACCCUGCUGCAAGGCGUUGCUCCAAUGACGACACACACAAAUUAGUACUCACCGAUCCAAACGGGGUUAGAUCGCCGAAAGAACAGCCCUUGUUCGGAUGAAAUUCGAGUCAAUUCCGGUGCGUUGAACCGGUUGUCGUGGGAAUUGUCGGCGCACCCUAAUAGUGUGUGGUUGUUGGAAUGCGUGUACGAGUGUAUGGGUAUACAGUCUCGGAAAUUUCAGCACAAGACUAAGUUCAUCAUUAUUGCAUCAGCCGUUGAUUGUGCUGUGAUUGGUUGUCUGCAUGUUGUCACUUCAAGAAGUACCAUUUUAGCGGAGAAUAGCGUAGCGUCGCUGUCGUCAAGUGUGGUUCGGUGGUAAGCACAGAAAGAAGAAAACGAAACAGAGUCAGCUGUAUAUAAAACCUCAGUAUAUACAGUAAUAAAGCUUUACUUUGUUUACAUACAUAUAUUCAACUCUAGAAAAUCUUAGGGCUUUGUGUAACACUUUUUUUUGCUACUUUCAUGGUAAUUAGGGUGUUGUGUUAGAAAUUAAGCUACAUAUACAUUUUAAAGUUUGAUGGCCAGCGCUUUAACAGAUAUUAUGUAAUUUAAGUGUUUGCGUUGUUUAAGUGAUUAUUUUGAACCACUUGGCAUGUUUUUUAAAUUUUACUGAGAUGUUACUUGUUAUGUAAGUUCUUUUUAUUUUAACAAGUGUUAAACACGCUUCAAGAAUUUCUUAAAUUUUGCAUGCAAAAAGAAACAGUCUUGGGCGGUAAACUUUCGUUUGAUAUACAUAUACAAAUUGAUUAGCCGUUACAAAAGAAAAGUAUGUGGAAUUCGCAUUUAGAUAUAUGAAUACAAUUUUGCAAAUAAUUUAAUUAAAUAAAAUAAGCGAAUUUUAAGAUAAAAAACGAUAUUAGCUUAGAAAAUCAGCUUCUUUUAUGUUUUCUGUCGGUCAAAUGUAAACAAAUACAUUCAGAAGAAAACUCACCACCGAGAAAUCUAAAAACAGAGCUGCAUUUUAUUAUUAAGAACUCACUACAAAAAGAAUAUCUGAAUAUCAGUAAAUGAUAUUUUUAUGGGCGAAAUAUUGCACACAUUAGUAAAUAUAUGUAGGACUAAGAAAUGCAACCGUGCGGACUGGACAUUUUUGACACGCGACAACACUGACUGAACGAAAAGGGGACGCGAACGGAAAAAAACUAAUAACGGACGACACUUGCAUAGCGGACGGCGACCUGUAAAGUUUAAGCACAAGCUUUGUUAAUAAGUAUUUUCUAUCGUGAAGUGUAUUAAGCAUCCAAGUAUAUUGUAAAGUAGCAGUUAUUUAAAGAAAGCAUUGAUAGUUUGUGAAGUUGGCUAAAGUGAGAUAAAAUAAAGUGAAUUCUAUUGAAACAGCGAAGUUGAUCCAAUUCUAUUGGUGUGCAUCAGCCAUUGGUUACAGCAGACCGGACUUAGCGAGUCCGCUACGUUUCCUUUAUAUCGGUCAGGUUGGCCGUACGCUAUACUCGUCAUUUGGAGGCUCAACGUGAGCUAUCCUACAAAUUGGGGGCUCAACCGACGAAUUGAGGGCAUAUUCUUGCAUUUGGCUAUUGUCUCGGCUCAGCUCAGCUUAAUUUUAUUUGGCGGUAUUGUGCACUGCAGAACAACUCGGAGGCAGCAGCAUCUAGCAUUCGAUCGAGACUCGGUAGAGCAGCGAGUCAAACGUGAGCGUCGGAAGCAGUUAUAAAUACAGUUCUAGUGUGGAAGCAGUUAUAAAUACAGGUGAGGUACAGUUAUAGUGCAAGAGUACAGUUCUAGAAGCAUAUCACGUUACGGUACCUACAUAUACAUACAACAAUCAAGUCGGAGUUGGUUUGCGUCGGCAAACAAACAAAUAGCGAAACGGUUGCGCCGCAAUAACGCAUCAGAAUCAGCGAAGAGUGCAAGAGUUUUAUAGAAGCAUAGCAAGCAGCGACGUUACGGUACGUGUACAACAAUCAAGUUGGAGUUGGUUUGCGUCGGCAAACAAGCAUACAGCGAAACGGUUGCGCCGCAAUAGCGCAUCAGAAACAGCGAAGAGUACAAGAUCGACGGCAACACACGUACACAAGUGUAACAAUCAGCGAGGUUGAGCGUCAGCAACAAGUCGGCAACAAACAGGUUGCGGUUGGCUCGUGGUUUCGAACGAGCAGUGUGAAAACGGUUGCGCCGCAACAGCGCAGCAGAAUCGGCAACGCAUAGGUUGCAGUUGGCUCGUGGUUUCGAACGAGCAGUGUGAAAACGGUUGCGCCGCAACAACGCAGCAGAAUCGGCAACGCAUAGGUUGCGGUUGGCCCGUGUUUUCAAACGAGCAGUGUGUGGAAACGAGCAGUGUGUGAAAACGGUUGCGCCGCAACAGCGCAGCAGAAUCGGCAACACAUUAAUCGGGGACAGUUCUGGUUGUCAAGCGAAACAUUCAUCAAAACGGUUGCGCCGCAAUAGCGCAACAGAAGCAGUGGAUACGGCAACACAGGUGCAUAGGCGUAACAGACAGCGAGCGUUACGCGUUACGAUCAAGUUGGCAACGAACGGGUUGCAGCAGCAGAGUCGGCGUGAAGCGGUGAAAAGUGUAUUGGCAACGGCAGCGUACAUCGAGGAUUACAGGUUACGUUCAUAUUAUUAAGUUUUUUAAAUUGCUUAUAAUUUAUUUCUAUAUUAUAAAUUUAAAUUAAUUUUUAUUAAAUUAACAUUGUAACAUAAGGUCAUAAUACUUAUAUCAUUGUAUUGUUUUAUUGAAUAUUGUAAAGGAGUACUCAAAAUGGAGGCUCAGACCAUAUUAAACAUGACAGUGACAAUGUUAAAAGAAAGGUUAAAAGAAGCAGGGCUACCGACAAAUGGACGCAAGAAGGAAUUACGAGACAGACUUCUGACACACUACGGUCUUCUAAACGAUGACGACGAAAGCGAGAGUGAGGUCGAAUCAGUGGAACCGCUUUGUGAAAGUGUGUUGGGUAAAGGUCCGGUGCCAGCCACGGUUCCUCAUUUUACAUUUAGGGAAAUUGAAGAAAGUUUAGCGUCAUUUAACGGUACAGACGGGCAGGAAGUAAAUCAAUGGGCAGAAUCUUUUGAAGAAAACGCACAUAUAGUAGGCUGGUCGGAAAUUCAUAAAUUUAUUUACGCAAAACAGCUUCUCAGAGGAGCUGCUAGGGCAUUUAUUCGAAGUCAAACCGGUAUCCGUGAUUGGAUAUCUUUGAAACAAGCUUUAAUUGACGAAUUCGAAACAUCAUUUUCAUCAGCUGAGGCACAUAGGCUUUUAAGGAAUCGUCAAAAGAGACAUAACGAGACAUUUAUUGAAUUUUUAUAUGCCUUAAUGGAAAUAGGGAAACGGGUAAAACUGGAGGAAGCCAGCGUAAUAGAAUAUUUUAUACUAGGGAUUCCCGAUUCAAAAUUGAACAAGUCGGUUUUAUACCAAGCAAGGAAUAUAAGGGAAUUAAAAGAGCAAAUAAAAAUUUAUGAGAAAAUUAAAUAUAAACUAAAGGUGGAAGUUGAAAACAGAGUUAGUAUUAAGGAAGAUAGGAAGGAAAAUACUCAACGUACAAUUCUAAACCGCGCAUGUUUCAAAUGUGGCGAAACUUCGCAUAUAGCAAAGGAUUGCACAAGUCAACAAUUUAGAUGUUACAAGUGCAACAAAGUCGGCCAUAAACGCAACGAAUGUCCGACAGUUCAAACGAAAGGGGGAAGAGACAAUUUAAAUACAAUUACCGAAGUAGCGUUCAAACCUUCAGAGGCAGAUUUUGGUCUAAAGUUUAAAAUGGUAAAAGUAGGGAAUGUAAUUUUUCCUUCGUUAGUUGAUACAGGUAGUCGUUUGUGUUUGAUAAGGGUAGAUACAGUCGAAAAACUUAAUCUUAAAGUUAAGCCAAACAAAGAUAAAAGAGUGUUAGGCGGAAUCGGUAAUUCAGAAGUGGUCACGCUAGGUAGUUUCGAAACCAGAGCUAAAGUAGAUGAUAUUGAGAUAAAUAUCAUUUUUCAUAUUGUCAACAAUAGGGAUCUUCAAUAUCCGGCAUUAAUAGGACGUUCAAUUUUGGGUCAAGUCGAUUUAAUUGUUGGCGAGGAGAGCGAUAGGUUUCUAAGGAAGGAUAAACCAGAUAUUUGUCAGGAGGAAAACAAAAAGUAUAAUCGUAAAAUUGCAGAAGAGGCAGAAAUAGCAGCUUUUAGUAUGAUUUGUAUAGAUGAGCAGGAGCCGGAAUCAACGUAUGAUUUGUCACAUCUCGAUAAGGGAAAAAUGUUAGAAGUGGAAAAGCUGAUUGCUCAAUAUGAGCCAAAAAGAAUCAAAUUUUCCCCGGUAGAAAUGAAAAUUGUUUUAAAGGACGAUGUGUAUCAUUUCAAGACCAAAUAAUCGUAGAUGCUCAAGUAAAGCAAUGGCUAGAUGAGGGUAUUAUUACUUCAAGCGUAUCCGAUUACGCGUCGCCGAUUGUGCUUGUGUCUAAAAAAGAUAAAUCAAAACGUUUAUGUUGCGAUUAUCGCAAAUUAAAUGAGAAAAUUCUGCGCGAUAAUUUUCCAAUGACAUUAAUUGACGAGGUAGUCGAGAAGCUCCAGGGACAUAAAGUUUUUUUUGGCUAAUGGAUUUUUGCAUGUUCCUGUCGAAGAAAGUUCUAGAAAAUAUACAUCGUUUGUAACAAUGAAAGGCCAAUUUGAAUUUAAAUUCGUGCCGUUUGGUAUCUCAAAUUCACCAGCGGUAUUCUGUAGAUUUAUCCAUUCGAUUUUUAAAGACCUAAAAGAUGAGGGAAGUGUAGUCACUUAUAUGGAUGAUUUAAUUAUUCCAUCCACAGACGAGGAAGAGGGGUUAAUAAAACUAAAGAAAGUUCUUAGAGUAGCAUCAGAUGCUGGGCUACAAAUUAAGUGGAAAAAGUGUAAUUUUUUGAAGCGUAAAGUAAAUUUUUUGGGGUAUGUAAUCGAAGAUAGCACAAUUCGUCCGUCUGAUGAGAAAACCAGAGCGGUUAAAGCUUUCAAGCCACCUAGAGACAAGAAAGCCAUUCAACAGUUUUUAGGGUUAACAUCAUACUUUCGGAGAUUUAUUCAAAACUAUGCGCUAGUGGCUAAGCCAUUAUCAGAUCUUUUGAGAAAAGAUCAACAUUUCAAGUGGGAGGAAGAGCAGGCGAUUGCUUUCGAGCAACUUAAGUCCUCACUAUCACGAUCUCCAGUUUUAGAAUUAUAUAAUCCAAAUGCAAUUACGGAAGUUCAUACAGAUGCAUCAAAGCACGGGUAUGGGGCGGUAAUGUUGCAAAAGACGGCAGAGGAUGAAUCAUAUCAUCCAGUGCAAUUCAUGAGCCAGAAAACAAGUUCAGCGGAAGAGAACUACCAUUCUUAUGAACUUGAAGUACUCGCCAUCGCACUAUGGU